AUGAAAAACUUGGGGGCCGUUAACGUAUGCGAAGACAAAAUCCUGUUGGGUCACGGUGAGUCCAUCAUCAUCUAUAGUAACAACGAUAGGCAGAAAGAAAAGUGCAAACGUAAAGUGAGGACACCCAAAGGCGCGACGAUCGGCUUUUCCUGUUUCACCUUCAACCUCAACAGCGCCGGCUGCAGAAGCGAAUUCUUGGAGAUUUCUUAUAAAACCGGUGGUCAAAAGAUAAGGCGAAAGUACUGCACAACAGAUGCUCCCAAGAAAGUCUUCACAUCAACGAACCAAAUGACCUUGAAAUACAAGCGCAAACCAUUAAAGAGUGAGGAGUGUUCGGGAGGAUUUGUAUGUCAACUUUUCACAGCGGAAACUUCUCCAGAUGUAGCAAGACCUUACUGUGAUGGCUGCGGCCUCGUCUCCAUCAGCGCCUCCGACAACCGGAUCGUGAAUGGCAGUGCCGCGUCUGAUGGGGAAUAUCCUUACCAGGUGGCGCUAAUUAUCAGAAUAGGCGCUGAGAUAUUUAGUUGCGGGGGCUCCAUCAUCAAGAGAAGGUGGAUUCUAACAGCUGCUCACUGCUUUUACGACGACAGCGGCAACAUAGCAACAAGUAUAGAAGUGCGUUAUGGUUCAAUAGAUAUCCGACUGGGAAAAUCUCUAACAUCAACAAGUUUCAUUAUCCAUCCUAAAUACAAACCAGACAGACAGGCCCACGACAUAGGUUUGGUGAAACUUCCGGAAGCCUUACAGUACGAGGAGAACCCAAAUGUGCUUCCCAUCUGCUUGUCGUUGGAAGAAGACAACCGCUUCGAGGGGAAGGCUGUGGCCACCGGGUGGGGCGACAUCUAUUUCGGUGGUAGUCCCGUCAACAUCUUGAGGGAGGUUGAGCUGGAUCUCAUUCCCAUGAGUGUAUGUAAAACCAAGGCCAAAUUACCACCUGACUCCAACAAGGUCUUAUGUACGCUUACACCCUACAAGGACACGUGCCAGGGUGACAGCGGUGGCCCUCUAGUGGUGAGGAUUGACGAAAAAAAGUGGGUUCAGGUGGGCAUUGUUAGCUAUGGCUUCGAAUGUGCAAGACCUGACCAUCCCGGAGUGUAUACCAGGGUCUCUGCUUACUUGGACUGGAUCUCCGGGAGCACGGGUGGGACUGACUGCGAUUCUGCAUCUCUGAGCCCCUUGUCUAAUCUCUUUUUCCAACAUAGAAUAUCUGCGGAAGCGCCUUCUUCAGGAGCAGUGAUCAUCAGUAGCAAGGGAGCAGCAGUGAUCCCCGAAACCAGAUGUUGCACAGAAUUAACAUUAUAA